UACUUGAUGCCCGAAAAAUCGAAAAAUAAUUAAAUUUGAUCGUUUUAUAUCGUUUUAUAAAUUUGAUCGUUUAAUAUAUUUUUCUUUUUUCGAUUAUUGUUGUCAACUUUUGUGUGGAAUAAAUCAAUUCCGUGAAUAGAAGUGCAAUCAAUACAGCUUACUAUGAAAUGAUAGCACAACAACAGUACAUAUCGCCAUUGACGUCAGCUUCACAAAAUUUCUCGAGUAUCGAGCUCGUCCAUUUGGGUUAAGAAUUUAUUUCCAAAAUGCCACAAGCACGAAUAUCUUAUGGAAAUCCACUGUAUUUCCACUGUAAUUAUUAAUAAUCAGAUUCCAUAUUGUAUGCUACGAUUCGAGGAAAAUCCGCAGCUAAUUAUUAUCUUUGCUGCCUUUAAAUACCAUAAAUAGUCGUCCGUAAAUUUUAAAAGAUUUUCUGUGCCAUACUUAUAUUGUGUAUUUUAGUCUUAAGGUGCGGGUCGUGUUCAAUUAAUCGAAAGUGAUGAAACUGUAAUGGGUCACGAUAGUCAAAUAUUAAAAAUGGUCUCGUUGGCUACAUUUAAAAUCUUUACGAGAUAUAUAUGCAUAGUACGUUGCUACUAGCAACGGGUAGCGAUGAGCAAUAGAGAACAGUACCUUCCUUAUCUCGUCGUGAUUAUGUACAUACCAGUAAUGCACGGUACUCGUACUGAAUAUCUUACAUCAUCUACAUACGAUUUUCAGAUUUGUUUCGAAUAUUACCAGCAUAACCAUGAUAGUAGAAUUCUGUUACAGUAUUAAUUCUAUAGUGCCGUUAUGCAUAAUACAGCCCUAAAAUGUUUCUACAAAUAUACGAAUAUUUUCGUCAGCUACUAUAUUCCAACUAUAUAUAUUACUAUAUAUGGCUUAUUAUGAAAGGAAAUAUAUAACGAAAUUACUUGUUUUUUUUUUAGACUAAAUUAGUUUAAUUUGAAUAAUUUUAGUAAUUGUGUAGGAUCGAACAACAACUUAUCAUUAGCUUCACUCGAGACUUGAUUGCACGUAGCAACGUAAUUGCGUUGGAACUGAGGGUAGAAAACAAUGUCAACCGUUAGACGCGUCUGUCUGGCGAAUGUGUAACGCGUGAAUAAUAGAUGGCGGCAAUCACGUGAACCCUACUUAUAGCUGUUUCGGCUUAUAUCGUAGCAUUCAACCUAGGGUAUAACGAUAGGGAUCAUUAGAAGUUGAAAGGCCGGCUGAUCAGCCUCAUUUUGUUCCAUUUUUUAAUCAAGCGAUGAAUCGACAAAUUGUACAGAUUUCGAUGGUUAUCACAGUUCUCUGGGAAUUUUCAAGCGCGGUUCGUCGAAUUUAGUCGGAUUGGCUACAGACUCUUUUACGAGCAGCUUGAAACUCGAUCUAGUUUCGAGAAAAUGAAAAAUUCGUUUUAUCUCUUUGCUUCCCUGUUCCUUCCUUCCUCUUUUUUUUUUUUUUUUUUUUUUUUCUUUUUUACAUUGCGUUAAGACCGGCUAAAUAAUAUUGAUUGCCAUGGACGUUGGCUGGUUUAAAAUCACUGACAUCGACGAUAACAAAAAUAUUUCUGGUCUACGCACUCCAGUGCCCGCACAACUGAUAUUUAAACGCCUGAUUUUCCCAUAUUCUACAGCGACAACAUUACCUGAUUUUUUACAACCAUGAAGGACUCGAAAAUACUUGCAAUCCUCAUCUGUUUGCAAAUUAUUUUCGUCACUUUCGUCCCGUCAGGGGCUGUGCCUUUAGGAGGAAGCUGUACUGAUGUAGAAGGAAAAUCUGUCUUACAUGGACAGAUGUAUGUGCCGGGACCUUGGAUUUGCAAACACUGCAUAUGUCACUAUUCGAAGCCAAUAUCUUGCGGACCUAUCCGCUGUUCAAUUCCUUCGAAGUGCAAGAGAUUCCGCGUUGUACGCGGAUGUUGCAACAUCGAAUGCCUGAAUCCCACUGAACAUCCGACCGAAGUUAAUGUCACUACCGUCGAUGAUUCACCCGGAAAUGAUUCAGUUCAGAACCAUACUCUCAUAUCCGGAUGCAUCUCCCAUAUGCCACAUAGUCAUAUGUGGAUGCUGAGUUUAUUGAUGGUGGUGACCUGCUGCUUUCUUGGGGUUUAGGCGACUGAUUGCUUCUAUGAUCUCUGCAGAAG